UCGUGACUUACCUUUAUGCGCGAUUGAUGCUCUUUCAGGUGAUUGAUUGCAUCAACUGAGAUUAGAAAAAAUGGGAGGUGGGAAAGACGGGCAUGAUGAAUCCGACAAAGGGCUUUUCUCUCAACACGGGCAUUAUCCUCCACAGGGAUACCCACCGGGACAGUACCCUCCGGCACCCGGAGGCUACCCUCCACAACAAGGGUAUCCACCAUCUGGGUACCCCCCACAACAAGGGUACCCACCAGCAGGCUAUCCCCCGCAGCAAGGGUACCCUCCAGCAGGCUAUCCUCCACAACAAGGGUACCCCCCUCAGCAUGGCUACCCCCCAGCGCCUGGUGGUCAUCAUGGAGUCGGUGUAGGGGGAUUGCUAGCAGGAGGUGCGGCGGCAGCAGCUGCCGCCUAUGGUGCCUCACACUUGAUGCACGGUAGCCACGGCCAUGCCGGUGGUCAGUACGGCCAUGCCGGUGGUCAAUACGGCCAUGGCGGCGGAAUGUAUGGUCAUGCCGCCGGUGGUUAUGGCCAUGGAAAGAUGAAGCAUGGAAAGUUCAAGCAUGGUAAGCACAAGGGAGGAAAGCAUGGAAUGUUUGGAGGUGGCGGCAAAUUCAAGAAGUGGAAGUAAUCUUUACAUUUUCGUUAUUUCUACGUAAUAAAUUCGAUGACUUAGUCGUGGAUUUUUAAAUCAAAGGGCAAGCCGAUGUGCGGUUUUGCUGUAAUGCUUGUUUCUCUUUUUGCUUUGAAUGAACAUAAGUAAUGUUGUGUGAAUAGGCAGGCAUUCAUUCAUCUGGGAUGUCUGUCUUUUAUAUAUAUAUAUUAUAUAUUAUAUAUAUGCAUUGUAUUGCAGUUACUAGUUAUGGUUGGUAGUUUGAAGAGGUAAACACACUUGUGGUUAUAUAUAUGUAUCUCUUGUCUUAUAGCAAAGGCUUUUGUUGCAUGAC